AUGACAGACAAGCAGGAAUACAUAGACGUAUCAACCAUAGGUCUCGACGCCAUCCCUCCUACCCCCUCACCACUUCCUUCCGCCUCCGACAAAGCUACCGUCAGCUACUGGCUUGCCACGACCCCCGCUCAUCUCCUCCCAGAAUCUCUGGAUGCACCACCUUCGCAGUCAGAUGUUGUAAUCAUCGGAUCAGGAAUUACCGGCGUUUCCUGCGCUCUGCACCUGAUCAACUCUCUCCCCUCCUCCUCCUCCUCCUUGGAGAAAGCAGAGGGUGGUGUGAGGACAAUAACGAUCUUAGAAGCGAGGCAAUUCUGUUCCGGAGCAACGGGGCGCAAUGGAGGCCAUCUAACCGCUGCUUCUGCACUGGCGUAUACGGAUAUUGCUGCUAAUCCGGACCAUCUUCUUGGCCAAGCCUGCGCCAAUUUCGCCGAAGCCCAGAGGAAGGAUGCGAUAGGGAAAGCAGUGCAAGAAAUACUCCAGUUCGAGGAGGAUACCGCCAAUGCUAUCCGCCGUCUCAUCGCUCAAGAGGCAGUAGAGAAAGAUAUUGGCUUUACGGACGAAAAGAACUGGCAUCUAUGCUUUACUCAGGAGGAAGUAGAGGCUUUCGAAGACUCCCUUGCACAGGCGGGGGAACAUGAGCGGAUGAAAAAGUUCGUGGACAAAGUGCGGAGGGUGGGCAAGGAAGAAGUGGAUAGCCAAAUGAACCAUCCUCAUGGUGUCGUAGGCGUGUUUGAGAUUCCAGGAACAACAUUGCAUCCUCGUGCGCUAGUCGCUGUCAUUUAUCGCCGCGCAGAACGGUUGGCCAAGCAGAAAGGAAUCAAUCUAAACCUUGUCACCCAAUGCCCUGUUCACUCCGUCGCUCCAACUACUGAUGGUAGUAAGCUCACAACUUCGAACGGAGCAAUUGAUGCUGGGUACGUGGUUCAUGCAACAAACGGCUACGCCUCGCACCUGCUUCCCUCCCUCUCCACACCAACCACCGGAAUCACCCCCACUCGAGCCCAAGUCAUAGCCCUCCCUCCCUCCUCCCCUUCCUAUCUUUGGGGCAUGGGUCUCUCCGCCGGCCGCGGAUACGAGUAUGGUCAUCAACGACCCUCCCCCGAACCUCCACUAUACAUCCUCGGUGGUGGUCGAGAAUAUGCUCCUUCCCGAGAAUGGGGUGUGGCAGAUGAUACAACUCUCAACUCCGACGUGUCCGAGUUCUUACAUCCGUGUAUGGGAAAAGUUUUCCCGAAUUCCUACGGCGGGAAAGGGGUGGAGAGAGAAUGGACCGGAAUUAUGGGCUAUACCAAAACUAAAAAUCCGAUUGUGGGGACCAUAGGGGGAAGCAUGGGAAGGGAGUGGAUUGCAGCGGGAUAUAGUGGACAUGGUAUGACUAGGGCGUACGGGUGUGCGGAGGUCGUAGCGGAGAUGGUGAUGGCUGAGAUCGAUGGGAGGCAGUGGAGGGAAAAAGGGGGGUUUCCGGAUUGUUAUCUUACGCCAGGAGCGAGAGCAGAGGGAGUGGAGGAGAAGGGGGAGUUGGUGGCAGAUGGAAUGAAGGAGAAGGAUGAAGGGAUGAAGGAGAAGGAUGAAGGGAGAGAGAAAGAAGAAGAGGAGAAAGGAAGUUCAGAGGGUCGUUCGAGUGGAUGCUGCGUAGUUUCGUAA